AUGACUCAAGAACUUGUUAUUCUUGGAGGUAACUUUGCAGGAUUUGUUGGUGCAAAGACUGUCUUGGAUAAGAUUAACCCCAAGUUGGGACAAAGGGCAUUCCAUGUUACUUUGAUUUCUGCUUCAACCCAUGCUUAUUUCAAUGUUGGAGCACCUCGUCUCCUAGUUGAGCCUGACAAGAUUGAUAGUACUCUGUUUUCUAUCGAAAAGGCUUUCGCAAAGUACCCAAAAUCACAGUUCACCUUUAUUCAGGGUACGGUUACCAACGUUGAUACCACCUCUCAAUCGAUUUCAUAUCAAAAGCCCAACCAGACUGUUGCUACUGCUAGCUAUGAUUCCCUUAUCAUUGCUACUGGUGCUAGAACUGAGAAUGUCUCUUACAAGCUCGUAGGCAGCCAUGAAGAAACUGUUGACGCUGUGAAGACCCUGAACAAUGCAGUUAAGGCUGCUAAGACUAUUGCUAUUGGUGGUGGUGGCCCUACCGGUGUUGAAACUGCUGGUGAACUUAGUUCUACUUAUCCAAGCAAGAAGGUUACUCUUUAUACUGGUGCCUCUCGUCCUCUUGAGCAUCUUGGCAAGCUAGGUGGCCCUGCUGAAAAGAAGCUUGUGAACCUUGGUGUCAAGGUUAUUAACAACGUAAAGGUUUUGUCUGCUUCUGCUACUGCUGAUGGUAAAACCACGUUGAAGUUGUCUGAUGGUUCUGAGUCUGUUGUUGAUCUUUAUAUCCCUGUUGUUGGUGUUCGCGCUAAUACAGAGUUCCUUGAUUCGUCUUUCCUUGAUAAAAGUGGAUUUGUUGUUACUGACGAUAACUUGAGAGUUAAGGGUUUGAAGCAUGUCUAUGCUCUUGGUGAUGUUAUUUCCGGUACCGCUAAGACUGUCAUUGACUUGGAUAAGGCUCAAAAGCAAGUCAUUGAGGCUACUCUAUUGAAUGAACACGUAAGCUCCUCAAAUAAGCUUAUUCCUCACCCCCAUCCUAAAGAAAUUACUGCUGCUGUUCCAAUUUCGAAGAACGGUGGAGUUGGUGUCGUCAAUGGAUGGGGCUUGCCCAGUUUUCUUGUUAAAUUUGCCAAGGCCAAGGAUUAUAUGAUCCCUAAGGCCCCUGGUCUCUUCGGUAUUGCUUAA